UUUUUUUUUACUGUUGCACUAAAUAUUAGUAUUAUUAAUUUUUAUAUAAUUUUUUUUUCCUUUUUUUUUCAAUUAAUUACAUGCCUUCUUUCUCUUCUGUCUGCAUUUAUCAUGGAUAAUACUCAAACUUCUUCUUCUAUUCGAAGCAGACUAUCAGCAACUAAAACUGAAUUACAUAAUAAUAUGCCAGAUUUCACUGAAUUUAAAUUAGAGGCCUUUAAAAUGAAUUCUUCUUCUUCACCAAAAGUGGUGACUCGAUUACUACGUGAAAAUCGUAGAUCGUUUGUAUUCUAUUUAGAACCAAAUCCAGGCACAGGUAUUCAUACAUCACUUCAACGAUAUCAAGAUACAAUAUUACAUCAAUUUGGACCCAAUCAAGCUCAUAACACAAGGCCUCAUAUCUCUAUCUUUAAUCGCAUCUUAAUAGAAGACAGUCAUCUACAACACGAAUGGAAUACAAUAGUAGAGGAACUCAUCCAGAUACUUGACCAAGAGAUCAAAAGGAGACACCUUCAGUUAACAUCACCUGAAUUCAAUGGAUUUGAAAUUCUGAAUAAACCUAGUCAUUCAUUGGUCAUAAACGUUAAACUGAAUCAUCAUUAUAUCACGUUAGCAAACCAAGUGAAAGACCAAAUAGGUUUAAAAAGGAAGCAGCAGCAUCAGCAGCAGAUCUUACUGGAAACAGGGCCUAUGGAUACAAUUCAUCUUGCCUAUAAUAUCCUUCAAUCCAUUCCAAGGCAAGACUUGAAAGAAAUGAAAGAAAAAGCAGAAAAAAUGAUUGAUCUUUAUGAUUGGUUCAAGACAGGUGGCUCCUGGCGACUUGUCCUUUAUGAAGUCAUGCUAGAAAGUCAAGUUGUUGUUGGUGUACAACAUCAACUGAAUGAGAUUAAAUCUUGGCCCUUAAAAAAUAAUCAUACGACAACAGCGUCAACGGCAACGGCAACAGCAACAUCAACAGCAACAAUGAUGUCUUUUCGUCUUUUACCAGUUUCUUUACGUAUUAAAUUAUCAUUUCUAUCUUCUUGGUUCAAGGAUUCAAUUAUUCCCUUUUCAUCUACUACAAAGAUAUUUGCCACACCACCACCAUUACAGCAGCAGCAGCAGCAGCAGCAGCAGCCACCUUCUCAUUCUGUUCAUUUAUUACAUAAUAAUGAUCAUUCAUCCCGACAUAAUAAACGUGCUGCAACUUUAAACAAAUAA